AUGGGGAAUGUGAUGGAGGGGAAGUCGGUGGAGGAGCUGAGCAGUACCGAGUGCCACCAGUGGUACAAGAAGUUCAUGACCGAGUGUCCAUCUGGCCAGCUCACCCUCUAUGAGUUCCGCCAGUUCUUCGGCCUCAAAAACCUGAGCCCAUCAGCCAGCCAGUAUGUGGAACAGAUGUUUGAGACCUUUGACUUCAACAAGGACGGCUAUAUUGACUUCAUGGAGUACGUGGCGGCGCUCAGCCUGGUCCUCAAGGGGAAGGUGGAACACAAGCUGCGCUGGUACUUCAAGCUCUACGACGUCGACGGCAACGGCUGCAUCGACCGCGACGAGCUGCUCACCAUCAUCCGGGCCAUUCGAGCCAUUAACCCCUGCAGCGACACCACCAUGAGUGCGGAGGAGUUCACUGACACAGUAUUCUCCAAGAUUGACGUCAAUGGGGAUGGGGAACUCUCCCUGGAAGAGUUCAUGGAAGGAGUCCAGAAGGACCAGAUGCUGCUGGACACACUGACACGAAGCCUGGACCUUACCCGCAUCGUUCGCAGGCUCCAGAACAGCCAGGAGGAUGAGGAGGGGGAUGGUGAUGGGGCCGCCGAGGCUGCAGGCUGAGCCCACCUCCCAGCUGCUUGUGUAUUGGGGGGCGGGGUGGUAUGGCGGUGCCUGGUGUCAUUGUUCUUGUCUUAAUUAAUGCCAGAUAGAAUCUACUGAACUCAAAGGCUCAGCUUGCCUCUUUGGGGUGCAUGGUGGCAGCAGUGGGGCAAAGGUGGGAGUCCAGAGCGAGGGACAGUGAAGAAUGGCUUCUGGACACUUUGGGUGACUCAAGUGGUGGUGACACUUCCUGACUUCCU